UUUGGUUUUUUCUCCCUGAGAAAAUUUUUAAUGCUGCGGUAACAAGUGUUUGCUUAUUUUGAUUUUGAUUUUUUUCUGCUUUCAGUUUUUUCUCCCUUUUCCUUUUCCCUUUUCCCUUUUUUCAUCACUCAAUUCAAGCAGCUUUGGAAAAACCAACCGGCCAACGGAUUUUUCACCUCUUGGAAUUUUUUCUGGAAGCAGUGAAAAGAAAUCUAAGUACUGGUGUACUGCUGAGAAGAAGCUUGCUGAAGUUUGGAAUCGUAGUUGCAGAUGCUGGUUUGAUUCUGCAAACUUAGAAGGGAAAAAUAAAUUAUAUCUAUGGAAGCAAGAGAAGGAAUCAGUUCAGGGGUUACGGUAAUUGGAGCUGAAGCUCCAUCAGCCUAUCAUGUGGCACCAAGAACUGAAGCACCAAGCCAGACUCAAGUUCCUGAAGCAGCACCAGCAGCACCAAAUGUUGGCGCCUCACCGAUGAGUGUGGGACUGGAUGGAACAGCGGUUAAGAAGAAACGAGGUAGACCAAGGAAGUACGGACCAGACGGGGCUGUGGCUAUGGCAUUGUCACCUUUGCCUAUUUCAUCUUCAGCUCCACUUUCUAAUGACUUCUCAUCUGGGAAGCGGGGCAAAUCAGCAGGAAUGGAGUACAAGAAACAUAAGAAACUGGGAUUGGAGAAUUUGGGUGAUUUGAAUGCUUGCUCUCUUGGUACAAACUUCAUGCCUCAUAUCAUCACUGUCAAUACUGGCGAGGAUAUUACAAUGAAGGUGAUAUCUUUUUCUCAACAAGGACCCCGGGCCAUAUGCAUCCUUUCUGCUACUGGUGUGAUUUCUAAUGUUACUCUACGUCAGCCUGAUUCUUCUGGGGGUACUUUGACCUAUGAGGGCCGCUUUGAGAUCCUCUCUCUUUCUGGAUCGUUCAUGCCAACUGACAGCCAGGGAACUCGAAGUAGGUCUGGGGGGAUGAGUGUCUCGCUGGCUAGCCCCGAUGGUCGUGUUGUGGGUGGUGGAGUUGCUGGCCUUCUCAUUGCAGCCAGUCCUGUGCAGGUGGUGGUGGGAAGUUUUCUCCCAAACAGUCAGCAAGACCCGAAACCAAAGAAGACCAAAUCUGAUUAUGCACCACCACCGGCUACCGUUACCCCACCAACAGUUGCAGUUUCGUCUGCACCACCCUCUACUAAUGCUGAGAAAGAAGAUGGCUUGGGCGGUGGACAUGUCCUGCAAAAUUCUGGAAACAUGAAUUCGAACAUGACUUCUCCCUCGACAUUCCGACGAGAAAACUGGGUGAACAUGCACUCUAUGCCGGACUUGAGACAGUCAGCUACCGACAUUAACAUCUCUCUGCCUGAUAGUUAAGAUGAUAAAAAAGGCUUCGCUGACAACAAAAGAUUAUUCUUGAUUGUGCUGUUUAGUUUUAUGUUUCUAGUGUUGUGUUAUCUCAUCUCAUCUAGAUUGCUUUCAGAAUCAGACCUAUGCUUUCUAUUAUCACCACAGGAGGUAGUAGUUGACAGGUUAGUGACUUGCAGGUUGCAGCUAGGUUUUAUUGUUUUUCUCUUCAGGUAGAGUAUCUCUGAUUUCCCGGCUGAUUAGGUAGAAGCUGCAGUAUGCAGUAAUCGAGUAAGCUAUUUCGGAUGUAAUGACAGCUUGUAUGCCUAUUUAUGACCUGAUUUGUUGGUGUAA